GUGUGCAGGUGGCGAACACAUGGAGAAGCCAUCGUCUUCAGACGGAGCUGCACUUGAGGAGAGAACACGUCUAGUGGAGGAUGAUGGAUUGCCUCAAGGUGAUGAAGGUGGACAGGUGGAUCCUCAAAUCCGGAGGAAGACUAGCUCCACCCGCUCCUCUCGUAAGAGCUUCCGUCUGGACUACCGUCUGGAGGCCCUGGACAGCGAGCUCCCAGUGAUGGAGCCGUUCUUCAUCCAAAGCCCCGCCCCCUCAGACUCCCACCCAGGUUUGAGAGUCACCUGGCUCGGUCACGCUACGGUUCUGGUUGAGAUGGAGGGCGUGAAUAUUCUGACCGACCCUAUUUUCAGUCAGAGGGCGUCACCAGUUCAGUUCAUGGGGCCUAAGCGCUACAGAGGACCCCCCUGCACAGUGGAGCAGCUGCCUCGGAUCGAUGCUGUCCUCAUCAGUCACUCUCAUUUUGAUCAUCUGGACGCUGGAUCUGUUGCCAGCCUCAACGCUCGCUUCGGAGGGGAGCUGCGCUGGUUCGUGCCCCUGGGUUUGAUGGACUGGCUGGUGAAGAUGGGCUGCGAGAACGUGAUGGAGCUGGACUGGUGGGAGGAGAACUGCGUCCCGGGCCACGACGAUGUCACAUUCGUGUGCACGCCCGCCCAGCACUGGAGCAAACGCACCGCCUGGGACGAUAACAAGUCUUUAUGGAGCAGCUGGUCUGUUCUGGGUCCGAGCUUUAGAUUCUUCUUCGCCGGCGAUACCGGCUACUGUUCGUCCUUCCAGGAGAUCGGACGCCGCUUCGGACCGUUCGACCUCGCAGCCGUUCCGAUCGGAGCGUACCAUCCCAGGUAUGUGAUGCGAGGACAGCACGUGGAUCCAGAGGAGGCGGUUCAGAUUCAUCAGGACCUUCAGGCCAAACAGUCUGUGGCCAUACACUGGGGGACGUUUGCCCUCGCCUACGAGAACUACCUGGAGCCCCCGGUUCGCCUCAGAGAAGCUCUGGAGCAGAAAGGACUGAAAGCAGAAAGCUUCUUCACUCUGCAUCACGGGGAGUCUCGGCUCAUCGCUGCGCCGGAGGCCGACGUGUUCGACUGAAGCCACUGCAGCCGUGUGGCACCGGCGGUAAAAAUACAAACUGCUGCGGUCCCUUUGUGGAGAGCUGAAGAUUCCUCCGCCCAACGUGAACGUUGGACGUGCCGCAGAAUAAACUUUAUCACUUUAGAAAAACGUGUCAAACAAAAAACAAGUACUUAAAAGUUUGAUCGUUUUUCUUCAGGUUUGUUUUGUGAGUCGAUAUUUUCAGCUCAUGUUCUGGCAUUUUCACACAGCUUCAGAGGGAUUUUACCCCUCAGGAGAAAAUAAAAAAAAGCAGCUGUUAAGACUCACCAAACUGCACCAUUUUCAGUGCUGCUGUUUGUUUUAGCUGUAGGUUGAGCUGGUUUCAACUGUGAAAUGUUUCAGCUUCAAAYGUUAGAUUUUAGAUUGCUGUGAAGCCACAGCACAGAAACGUGCCUCUGCCAUUUUUUUUAGCCGUUUAGUUGCUUUCCGAGAGCAAUGGACUAAUUUUAAUAAUGUUAGUCUUUUCAGCUUGAAUGUGAACGAAACAUAAGCUCAUUAAGGCCAUUUGUGCUUCAUGAUUUGUUUUCUGAGAGUUGGUCAAAUGUACUUUGAAAUUCAAAAGUGUUUUUCAUUUCAGUCUUAGAAUAUCUCGGAAAAACGUUCAUACAUUAUUUAUUCUUCUGGAAAUAAGUAAACAACUCAUUAAAAGAAAAAUAUCAACACUUGAUUUUGGCGCCCUCUAGUGGCCAUAUCAAAAUAAACGUCUCACCCCCAUCAACAAGCUGUUUUAAAUGACUUAAGAUUUCCACAAAAACCUUAAAAAUACCAAUCUGAUCAAAUACACUAAAUGUUGGGAGUUUGUUUUACCUGAAACUGCUAUAUUUUUUUAAUUUGUAAUAAGUUUAACCUGACGUCACAAGAGAUUGAAAUUUUAAAAUUCUUAAUUAUUUUUGAAAGAAAAUAACUGAAUAUCUGUAUUCAGCUUUAAUCAGUUCUAAUAAAUUGUCGUCCAAAUACCAGAAACUAAUAAAAAGUUGUCUAAAAUGAAAACAUAUCA